AACAUUGGUGGGUGUGGCUUAUCUGCCACCUCAAAUCACCUGUGGCAUGCAAACGUUCUCAUUUAGUAUCUGCACCUGUGAAGACAUUGAGAGGCAAUCCUACUCUAUGGUUUAAUUUCAACACCCCACCAACAGAACCAGGAUAUAAUGUUUGCACAAGAAAAGGCCAAUUUAAUAUUUACGCAUUCCUGACGCCGUACACAACCAGCAUGGAAAGACACCGGGGACUUCUGAGGAUUUAUCAAGAAAGAAUGGGAACUGCAUGGGGAGAAAUUCUAGAUAACUGAGAGAAGUUUGCUACAACCAUCAGAGCAACUGAACCUCUAAUCUGAAGUCCAUGGCACGCUCCAGGUGUAAUGGAAAGGUCCUAUGUCUGUGUCUCUUGCCUUGUGUGAUGGUAAGUCACAUGUUGAUCUACAUCAUGGUGUCCAUAUUUGUAGCCGUAUCCUACUCCCCUCCUCAACCGCAGCUGCCCCUCCAUUUCAUUGCCACCGGUGCCUCUGCAAACUCGGGAGCUUUAGCAUCCCAUCCAGUUCGGCCCUUCUGGAAUCUCAGAUUAGAGGACGGGGCACUGUGGAACCGCCUCCAGCACAUUUGGGACAGAGAACACAACCCCAUAUUGAGAGGUAACUGCACAAGGUACAAAGGUCCAAGCCUUGAUGCAAUGCAACCCCAAGAGAUGGAAAAAACUGUUGCUUGUGAACAAAACGAGACAUGGGCGUCUCACCUGCCCGAUUUUAACACCCUUCCUCAACAAAUGAAGGAUUUCGUCCUGUCCAUGCACUGUAGGCGUUACGAUAUCCUCGUGGACCAACCCAACCUGUGUUUCAGGCAGGACUCUGAAACGCUGUUCCUCCUGAUGGCGAUUAAGUCACAAGUUGGAAACUUUGAGAACAGACAGGCCAUCCGAGAGACAUGGGGAAGGAGCGGCUGGAUCCAAGGGGACGGCAGAGGAAGAGGUUGGUUCAUUCGCACUGUCUUCUUGCUUGCGAGGCAGGACACAGAGACAGGGCCUCAUCCGGACCUGAGUGCCCUAUUGGAGUUGGAGAGCAGCACCCAUAAGGACAUCCUGCAGUGGGAUUUCAAAGACACUUUCUUCAACCUCACCCUGAAGGAUGUCCUCUUCUGGGACUGGUUUUCACAACACUGUCCACAUGUCCACUUUAUUUUCAAGGGAGAUGAUGAUGUGUUCGUUAGGACUAAGGCUCUGCUGGACUACUUAGACCAUGUUGGAGUACAAAAAACAUUUCGAAAUAAAAUGAAAGGAUGGGACGAUUUCAUUGUAGGGGAUGUUAUUGCCAAUGCCUGGCCCAAUCGGCAGCCUCAUACUAAAUAUUACAUACCCGAAACCUUCUAUAAGGGAUCGUAUCCUGCGUAUGGAGGAGGUGGAGGGGUGGUUUACUCUGGUGCUUUGGCCAUGCAUCUGCAGCAGGUCUCACGUUGGGUCACCUUGUUUCCCAUUGACGAUGUUUACUUGGGAAUGUGCCUUCACAGGCUCGGCGUAUCUCCCACUCAUCAUUCGGGUUUCCUCACUUUCGACCUUCCAGAGGAUCUGCGGGAAAAGCCGUGUGCGUAUCAUAAUGUUCUCCUAGUGCAUAAACGCACCCCAAAAGAAAUGUUAACUCUGUGGAAAGAGCUGCUGGUUCCUCCACAGGAGUGCUAGUGUAAAGCAGGGCAGCUUGUUCAUAAAUUCAAAUGAAGGUAAAUGCAGCGGGGAUCCAGACUUUAAUGUUUUUUUAGUUAUCACUAAGGUAUUUUCAUGCCAAUUGGGUGUGUUAAUUUGCAUGAAAGGCCCUUGUUUUUCUCUUAUGUUGGGCUGUGUGUGCAGUGGUCACUAUGAGAAUAUUAAAUUAGUAUGGCAAGACAGCUGACAAGCUAAAAAUGGGAUUGGAAGUCACAAUGGUUGACUUCACAAGAGAGGGUUAUAAUGGCUCUUGUUUUAUGGGAAAAAGAAUUAAUAUGAUGGACAAUUAAGGAGUCUCUUAUUAUUUUUUUUUUAUGAAGAUUAGAGGUUUAUGGCCCAUAAUGGAGCAAAUCAAAAACAGUCAUGAACAUAUUUCCGCUUUGUAUUUAAUGUUAAAAAAAAGCUUUACUAUUUUACUUGGAAUGUUUUUUUUUAGAAUGUUUUUUGACAAUAUUUUUACACUCGGAAUCUAUUUUUUUUUUGCUCUGUGUCAGGUUUAUAUAAUAUGUGUCAUUUUCCUGUGUUUUGCAAGAAUUGCCAAUGUGGAAAUGGAGUAUCUGGACUCCAUUUUGGAGGCUAAACAAUCUGGAUGCCUGAACACCCUACAGACAUCGUCAUCUGGUUUAAGCCUUUUGGGCCUAAUUAUUAGCCUGGUGUUGUUGGAGGCAUAGUGAAUUACAACAACAAAACAUAAUAAUGGGAAAUAAUGAUUGAUAAUAAUGAACAAUGGUUUGCUUGAAUGACAAUAAUGAAAUAUGAUUUGUUCGUUUGGUCGUAGAAUUUAAGCCUACUUUAAUAAUAUAUUAUACUUUAAAUGUUUGUACAUUGUAAUUGAAUGGUUAAGAGCAUCUCAGAAUUUUAUUAUGUUUGUUUCACUUAUUAUUUUUAUAGUCUCUGUUUUCAUUUGUCUUGAAUGGCUCACUGUCAAUGUAUGUUUAUUAUGUGGAAAUUGCCCUCUUCAUGUUUGUUUGAUCAGAAAGUCACCCUCCUCAUCCAAAUGUUUGUUAGUAAUCAUGCCAAAAGAAACUUGUAUAUUCUUACACAAGUAAAGACAGAUAUUGAAGUAAAA